AUGUCUGAACACGUCUCUACAUCCUCUUCUACACCCUUGCCCAAAGAUGUGGAGGCCGAGCUUCGCCGGCACGCGACCGCGAUCCAACACGCCCUGCACCACCCCCCGCCCAAGGACACCACUCCGAAGGAUAUACUCCAGCGUUGGGAGCAGGGCUUCAAGCGCGCAGUCUAUGCCAUCAGUGAGCUCUAUCCAAAGCAUCAUGCGCAGAUCCCCGCCCUUCCAAAGCUCGUAUUGGGAGCGCUUUAUGAAUACGACUAUGCGGAAUAUGCUGCGGAGAACGGUAUAAAUUACGUUCCCUCACCUUGGAAUGUGAAGCCAUGCGGGAGGGAGGAUCCCCGUGAGGGAGGGUUUCCUUUCAGCUAUCCAAUCGUUGGUGAUGACGACUGGAAGGUCGGAUUCGUUCCGAUGAAGCAACUACAAGAUAGCUGGGUAUUUGAGUGGAGGUCGACAAAACGGACCGAAGAUAACGGGGGCGUUGGCUCCUCGUUGACCGGUUCUCUGGACGACGGUGACGAUGUGCCGCCCCCACCCGUUCACAAAAAGUCGAAGAUGGAUCCGCAGGCGAAAGGCAAAGCCGCGGCAGAAUCACCCGAAGGAGACGGCAACCGGUGCCCCAAAAAAGGAGGAUAUGAAGCGGGGACGCGCCGCUGUGAUUCGCCGACAGACGUGAAGGGAAAACGGCGUGCUGCCAAAUCCAAGCAGAGGCAAUCACCUUCUGUCGAAAGCGAAGUCCAAAUCCAGGGCAACAUCUCGAGCGACCUCUCAGGCGUCGUCUCGCGCGUCGUCUCGCGCUACGUCUCGCGCUACGUCUCGCGCUACGUCUCGCGCCUCCUCUCGCACUCCCUCUCGUGCUUCCUCCCGUGCGCAGCAGUCUGGCCGUGCUGGGAAAAAGAGGGCGCCGCGCAACAGGAAGAAGCCGACGGCUCCGUUCGUGCACCACGAGAGAUACUUUCCCCCGCCAGUCCCUGUCAGCCAAUUCAAGACGUACUACCCACUGGCGACGCUCCCCCUUCCCCUGCAAAGAGCAUGGAUCGGCGCGUCGCAUGUGACGUCGUUCCAGACAUUGCGGCCGGCAGCGCAAAGUCUGUGCUCGCAAAACACCGUUUGCUUCGCGUCGGGAUGAUGGCGGCGAAUCCGAACGUCUUCCCCGAAACGAUGCUGUAUUCGAAGAUGUGGCGCCGCGCACGCAAAGACGACGUCCCGACGUGGACAAGACACACGGAGGCCCAAACGCGUACCAAACCAGACACCUUAGCAUUCCGGGACAACGGCUUAGUCCCGUACCCUGUGGGGCCUGUCGCGCUAGAUGAUGAGGACGCUACUCCCGAUGAUCCCGAGUGGGAACCGAACGAUAACAAGAAGCCGAGGGGUCGCCUAUUCGCGGAUGCCAAUGAUGGGCAGGGCCUUUCGUCGGUGCUUACGGGCGACGAUACGCAUGGCGACCACGCCGUGGAGAAGGAGCCUCCACGAAAGCGGGCGAGAAUUCGUAGCCCGGCUGCAGAGACGGAUGACGACGACGCAGGAAAGGGCCCGUUGCCAGGUCCUUCCGUCGCUGGCUUCAACAUUCCGCCUCAGGUCCCAGGACGCGACUUCUUCCGCAUUCCAGAAUCGACGCUACCGACCAUCGACGGGCAUAAGCGGUGGCAAGGCAGGGCAGCGUCGCGGCCCGCAACGAUGGCUGACAUCAACGACCUUCGCACAGAGCUGGCCGCGACUAGCGCGUCACUGGAGGAAAUGCGUCAGCAGAACCAGCGGCUUCGAGAAGACGUCGAUGCACUACGCGUGCGUGUUCUCCAACUGGAGCAAGUCAACCAGGCUUUCUUGGCAGCGUCGCCUUUCGUGUUCGAUGCGGACAUUGGUGUCCAUGAUCUGCCCGCGUCGACCCCGCAUUACAUGGCAAACUUCGACGCCACUGAGUCUCCUCCGCCGACGUCCACCUCCACGUUCCUCCCUCCACCGACGCGCGCCGUCACGCCUUCUCCCCCGCCCACGUUUAUCGCUACGCCGCCCCCGCCCACUACACCCACGAUCACGCUUGGCGAGAUGGAAAACGCUACGACGUCGUCCGCGGUCUCUGCGGGCCCAACGUCGUCCCGUCCGCGCUCUAUGGAGGCCUUGACAUCUGCGCCGAUUGUCGAAGAUAUCGGCUUGGCCGGCUCGCCGUCGCCCGCAUUUCCCCUUCCCAGGUUGCAAGCACAUCUCCCCCAGCUUCCAUCGUACGCGUCAUCAUCAUCGGAUGAGGAAAUGGCGGAUGCAAAGUCCAGCCCAAUCGAAGAACCACCACGGCCCGUCUCGCAGCAAGAGACCGAGCGUGUCUCAGACACUCGUUCCCCGGGGUUCGUUGGAGAGCACGAAGGCACGGCGUCUACUGCGCCGGAGGAAGGCUCCGCAUUGGGGCUCGCUGGGCUCAAGGUCGAACCGGCGUCGCCUACAACGUCGUCCACACCACUUCCCGAAAGUGGAGACAUGUUGGAAUCGCCCUGCGAUCAACCUGCCGGGCCUCGCCUGCCACCAUGGCGGAUCUUUGAUGAGCAAGGCGCGCCAGCGGCGUAUCUGCUGGCACUCUCGCCUGACCAUGCAGCCUUGGAGGCACUCGAUGAACGGAACAUGGACAUCCCAAUGGACGACGCAUGA